UCUAAGGACAAUCUUGUGGAGUGAAUAAAUCCGUCUUAUAAAUUCGUCAUUUUUUUAAUUUAAAUAAAAUAUUAUAAAUUUAAAUGUACAACGAAGAUUUUGUUUAGUUAAUUAAUAUGAUACAGCUAUUACGUAAUAAAAGAAAAUAAGUUUAAGAAUUGGAUUUUUUAAUUUAAAGUGAUAACGAGAAGGAGUAAAUAGUACAUAUAGUAGUACGUGUUGCAAUAGUAUUUGUAGUUUGUUGUAUCGGAGCAAUCGUCUUUCGCGUAUCACAAAGUUGGUGAGGUGGAAAGUGAUAGUUUUUAGUAGUGAAGAAAAUAAUUUAAACAAAAAAAAAAGAUAUUUACAGAAGUGUAAACGUAAGUGUGAGAGGGCAAGAAGCCACAUCAUAUAAAACGAGGCUUCGUUCUCAGUUACAAGGACUUAUGUUGUUGAUGUUAUUGUUUGCAAACAAAGCACGAACUUAUUCUACUGUCAUUGUUAUAUAUUUUGAUCGAACGUAAUGAAUUUUAAAAAAUGAGAUUUAAAUAAAUAUAUGCAGGAAGAAUUACGCGGUGGCGCGGAUUUUAAACCAAGUUAUAGUGGUGUCCAAGAUUUAUACCCAGACCGUCUCAUUUUUUAAAAAUUUAAAUUUAAAUUUAAAAAACAAAAUACAUUCAUACUUAAUUAUUAUAAUUAAAGAUCCAGAAACCCCUCGAAUUAGCACUUAUGAACUUUUGUUAGGAUAUUUUUAAUUAGCGUUAAUUAAAGACUUGAUUAGAUUUUAAAACACAGCAAAUUAAUUUGAAAGAUUCAUUGCAUUUUUAAAUUACUUAAAGCUUAAAAGGACUUAGUGUUGUUUUGAGAAAAAUUUAUAUGCAAAAAAAGAUAUUAAAUUUUGAACUGAAUCAACAAAAAAAAACGUGGCUAACAAUACCACACAAGUGGCCUUAAAUAAAAUAAUAAUAAUAAAUAUGUUUAUAAUGUCGAGUCUUGUAAAUCAGCAGCUAUGGUGCACUUAUUUAGUGAAUAGUAUGGAACUAUUUAAACCCUGUCAGAAAGUGCCUUUAUCAGCAGGAGAUAGGAGGCCUGGUUGAGCAAUCGAUGCCAAUGAGUCAUCAUUUCUAAUCAUUAAUCAGCAUCAGCAAUUAGUGCAAUUAAAUAUUACAAGUCAUUUUUAUCAUAAUUAGCAAAACCGGGGCUAGAAUUAGCUUGAACCCGUGAAAGAUGGAUACCAAUCAUGAUGGAGAUAAUUUAAAUUUGAGUAGCGGAGAAAAUGAUAUUGGAGAUGAGUUAAAGAUUGGCGCUGAUGAGACUUAUGAUACACGCAGUGAAGUCUCGUCGAGUUCAUCAGACUCAGAUUCCAGCCAGCCAAGUAUCAGCUCUGUGUCCACUAAAUCCUCGCGAGGUGACAAUAAACGUAAUCGACGUAGCCGAGGCAAGCGCCGGCACUCAAGAGACUCCAAGUCGUCGAGUCCGGAGAGCAAACGCGCCAGAUCAAAGGACAGUAAAACGACAACUAAAAAUUACGAUUAUAUUACUAAACUUAAUUACUUAUUUAGAGAUGCAAGAUUUUUUAUUAUAAAAUCUAACAACGCAGAAAACGUGACAUUGUCCAAGGCGAUGGGAGUGUGGAGUACACUGCCGCAGAAUGAAGCGAAUCUUAAUCAAGCUUACAAAGAAGCUAGAAAUGUCUUGUUGAUUUUUUCUGUUAAAGAAUCAGGAAAAUUUGCUGGUUUUGCGAGACUUAGCACUGAAUCCCGGAGAGACUGUCCUUCAAUAUCAUGGGUAUUACCACCAGGCUUAUCAGCAAAAGCUCUUGGCGGGGUAUUUAAAGUAGACUGGGUAUGCAGAAAGGAAUUACCAUUUACAUCAACUCUCCAUCUCCACAAUCCCUGGAACGAUGGAAAACAAGUUAAAAUUGGUCGUGAUGGUCAAGAAAUUGAGCCUCGUAUUGCUGAAGAAUUAUGCAGACUAUUUCCCGAAGACGACGGCAUUGAAAUGACACCAAUUUUGCGUAAGGCCAAGGAAGCAGCCAAGAAUGUAGUAAAGUCGCCGCGUAGAGUUCGCAACGGCCGACCUGUGAUGACAUCGCGAUUUCUGCGUACCCGUGGAAACGCACGAGGAGGACGUAGACUUUUUUUGACAUCAAGAUCACGUCUUGCUUCACUUGCUAGAAGCGGAUAUGGUGGAGAUCAACGAGGAGAUUACAAUCACCGCUAUCCCAGUUGGUUUAGUCGCGAAUCUCCAUAUGUAAAAGGAUACAGACCAUCAGGUAUAGGAAUAGCUGCAGCAGCUGAAGCUUAUGUAGCAGAUUACAUGAGGACAAUGCAACAUCAAUUACCACCUUUACCCCCAUACUCAAGUUCUCAUCCUUACGACGCUCUACCUCCGCCACCCCCACCACCACCACCACCCCGUUACUACGACGGUAUGCCGCUUUACAAUCCUCCGAGUUCAACUAUUGAUAAACGCAGCUACGAGCGCAGUGUUGACGAAUUUCUCUGGAGAACAUCCAGCAGUCGUCAUCACAGUCGUCACAGUGAUCAUCGGUCGUCUCGUGAUCAUCAUCACAGACAUAGGGAACGUAGAUGAAUUUAAUCAGCAAUAUUGCAUUUAUACUGCUUUAUUGAUUAAGUUAAUUUAUAAUAAUAAAAAUAAUAAUUAUGACAUUGAUAUUAAUGAUAAUUAUGCUUUAUAAUAGAAUUAAUCUGAUAUUGAAUAAUAAUCCGGUAUAUAGUCUUUUUAAUUUAAAUAUUAAAGUAAAUAUAUCGAUAAUUAUGAAAUUGUAGAUUGAUAAACUUUGUUCAUAUCAUUUUUAUAUUUUUCUGUGACCAAUAACAAAUACGCAACAAAAUGCAACUUGGUAAUUAAUUUUAAUGAAGUUAUUAUUUUUUAACUCUCAUAUUUUUAAAUAUUAAACAUUAAUUUUUAAUAUUGAAGACAUACUGAUUUUUUUUCUCAAGAAAGCCGAUGGAUGUAUAAAUUUUUUUAAUUUACAAUUUUUAUUGUAUGGCACUGAAAUAUUUAUAAGCUAAGUAACAACUAUAUAACGUAUUUUCAAAAAUUAGUUUUUUACUAUCAGUUUUAUGCAUUGAAAAUAAUGUAUACGCGAUUAAAUUUUUAAUUUUUUUAUAUACUCUGUAAUAACGCCUUGUGUGGAGUUGAAAACAAA